UUGCUGUCAAAUUCCGUCUGGAAUUAAACGAGGAGGAAGAUAAGAUCAGUGCCGCCAUCACGAUGCAGCAAAGUAAAAUACACGAGUACUUGUCCACCGGGAACUCUCGUCACCAUAACGAGAGCCCGUUCCUCUCUCUACCUCGUUCAGUAAGAGAUAAAAUCUACGCAAUGGUUGGGUUGCGAUGGGACUAUGUCGACCUCAAUCGUCUUGCUCGAUGGACCCAAUAUCAGUGUCUCCGCAAAGAAAAAUGUUGGUGCGACCCAGAAUAUGGUGUGCAGUGCUGGAAGUGGCCGGAAGACCCGCCCCGCAAAUCUCCGUACAACCUUCUCCUUGUCAACAAGACCGUGUCGCUCGAGGUCAAGGAUUUGCUUUAUGCUCGCAAUUGCUUUGCCGUAUGCCAGAGGAGUCCCGGUAAUCUAAACAUGCUCGAGAGCCUUAGCUCCCGGGCAAUGAGUGGAAUGCAGGCUCUUAUGGUUCACCUCACUCCAUGCAGAUGCCUAACGCCUUAUUGCGUCGUUGAUGAUGAGGGGCCAAUUGACGAUCCGAGUGUUGGUCUGGAGGCCUGCCUACACGCGGCCAUAGAUAACCGACACGACCGAAUACUGGGUGAUGUCUCAAGGACAGACAAGGCAAUCCUCAAACAGUGGGGCAAAAUAUGUUCCCGUCUGGCUACACACAUCAUACCAGGGAAAGUAAAAUUGUUCAUCGUUUGCCAUGUUCGGGAUACAGUAGUCGCAGAGAGGAUACUCCGGCCUCUUACUCAACUGCCACUUCUUCGGGACUGUGGAAUAUGCCUUGGGUCAACCAGCCACCCCGAAAACAGCCAGUUGACCAGCCUCGCACGUCAUUACGUUCGACUCAUGACGGUCCCGAACCAUGGGACAGCACCUUCACCGUUCCCAUUUCUCAGGUUGCCCACUGAAAUACAAUUGCGCAUCAUGAGGCUCAGCGAUCUGGUACUGAAAAGGCCAAUUACCAUAAGAGAGGGUAGGAUCGAGACUCGAUGGCAACGCCAUUACUGCAAUGGUGGCGAAGUCUGGUCCGAUAAUUCAUUCUUUACACCAAGAUGUUUCUGCCCUGUUCGAUGUGCUGCGUCCCAGAAGCGUUGCGAUCAUGCGUCAUAUACUGGAAUCUUUCCAUACUUUUUACUGAACAAGGCUUUUACCGCGGUCGCGACGGAUGUAUUUUACUCACUGAAUACCUUUGUCAUAACGCAUAGUGAGUCUGUCGAGCACGGAAAGACGCACGAUAUUGAGGAUAUCUACCGCUUUCUAUCCCGCUUAUCUCCACGUGCUCUCCGCAAGAUACGGCACCUGAAGAUUAUUCCAAUGAUCCUUGGACUAGAUGAUCUUUUUAAUGGCAUAUUACACGCUUGGCGUAAAAGCAUUUUCAUCCUGGCCAACCAAGCAGACCCAUCUCUUCUGACCCUCACCAUCAAAAUGGUAGAACUCUCAGAUGAUUGGCUUGAACAGUUCGGAUCAAGCCCUUCCCAGUUUGAAGACGCCCUGGGCCACCUUGUCGACAUUUAG